GGUCUUAUAAUUUACAAAUCACUGUACUAGUCCUAAAGAUCAGAUAUGAUAUAAUAAUCCCAUCAAUCUCAAGCAUACACAUAUGCACAUACAUAUGGUAGUCUCAGCAUGAGAAGUUCUUUUUACAGUAUUUGGAACAGUAGUGAAGUGUAUUUUGAUGAUGAUAUCAUGAUCAUAAUAACGAUGAUUGGACGUGAUCAUAAUACACUAUAGGAAACUAGGAAUCAUACAUUUUUAAGCUCCAAAAUCUAUUCAAAAUUGAUAAACUGACUUGUAUUGUAUAUAUUAUGCUAGAAGCAUCUCUACUUAUAAUGCGUGAGAUAUUCUAAUAUCAGGUCCAUGUUGGAAUAUUAAUCAAUUGGUUUUAUUUUAAGAAUCAUGGGUUUCCACCUUAAUAUAAUUGAUAGUAAAUUGAAAAAUGUCUUUUCAAUAUAGUUGUAUAUAGGAGAUAAUCUAACAUCAAUGAUUUUAAGGGGAAGAAGAUAGAGUGGUUUCACCGUGAGUUCCAAAGUAGACAAAACUAAAUCAAUGAUAAAAAUGAAGAUGGUGAUAACUAAUUACAUUCACAGCAUACUAUAUUAUGCUUAUAUAAGCUUCACAUACACACAUCCAUAGUGACACAGAAUCUUAAAAUAGCAUGUAAUAUAUUAGAGUUAAGGGGUAUAGUCAAGUGCAAGGACAUCAUAGGACAUAUACAUAUACUCAUACUACACAUACACAUGCAUACACAUCUACAUAUAUAGAUAGGACCAUGUGUUGGAUCACUUGUAUAAAAAGGUGAUAAGAGAGACUAAAGUUGAUAAACUCAAUAAGAAGAGAAAAAAAUGGCCGAUGAAGAUAGAUUGCUACCAAUAGCCAAUGUAGGGAGACUUAUGAAGCAGAUCCUACCAUCAAAUGCAAAGAUCUCAAAAGAAGCAAAACAAACAGUUCAAGAGUGUGCAACAGAGUUCAUCAGCUUUGUUACCUGCGAAGCCUCAGACAAGUGCCACAGGGAGAAUCGAAAGACGGUGAAUGGAGACGACAUCUGGUGGGCUCUAAGUACUCUAGGCCUCGAUAACUAUGCUGACGCCGUGGGGAGGUAUCUUCACAAGUACCGCGAGGCCGAGCGAGAAAGAGCUGAAAACAACAAAAGCAGCAACGAUAGUGGAAAUGAGAGAGAACCAAACAUCACAAGUGGUUAUAGUAGAGUUUUGGAGAAAGGAAGCAGCUCUUCGGCUCGUUGAGAUAAAUCUAUGUGACCUGAAUCAUGUACUAUUAAGCCAAGAAAGAUCUAUAGAGAGAAGAAUAAGAGGAUUAUAUAAUGUUAAUGCUGAAUCUUUAUUACAUUGUAUAUGUUUACAUUUGCUUUAUAAAUGUAAUUUUCUACACAUAAAUAAAGCUAUGAGAUUUCUUCUUCAAAGAAAAUAUUGAACCAGUGGAGAGGUGAGAAAGACAGCAGAAACAAGGCUCAAGCUAGCAAGAUGAUAUUCUUUUUUAUAAAUCUUAGGUAUGAAAAGUAGUAAGUUAGUAAGAAAAUAAGACGUUUAUAAUGCGUCUCACCCCAAAGAUCGAU